UACCAAAUUUCUGUUAUGCGCAGUGGGAAAAAUCGAUAUCGCCGCCAUGUUUUUAUAGAUUUUUCAAAGUAAACAAAACAGACGCUAACUACAGUAUCCCUUGAGAAUUUUUCAACUUGAUAUAUAUUGAGAAAAUGAGGCACCUUAUAAUGCAAGGUGAAAAUAUUGCUGCUCCUCCAAGCAAUAAUGGGAGUGCCCAUACAAAUAUCAGUGCUCCUUUGCCAUCUGAUAUCAAUCCAACUGAAAGCAACAUGUCUAUGAAUACAGAUCAGGAUUCAAAUAUGAUGGAGAACGAUUUUCCCCAGAAGAGAAGAGGUGGCUGGCCAAAGGGUCGAAAACGGCGUCGUGGACCGAGAGAUAUGAAUGCACCUAAGCAACCUCUCACUGGUUAUGUUCGAUAUCUCAAUGAGAAUCGUGAAAAAGUGAGAGGAGAAAACCCUGGUGCCAGUUUUUCUGAAGUAACUAAAAUUCUUGCUUGUGACUGGAGUAAAUUAGCAGCUCAAGAAAAGCAGAAAUAUUUAGAAGAAGCUGAAAAGGAUAAAGAGCGCUAUAUGAAAGAAUUGGAACAAUAUCAACAAACAGAAGCAUAUAAAAUUUUUAAGAAACAGCAAGAAAAGAAGAGGAAAGAAUUUGAAGAUGGUGAUGGAUCUUACUAUACUUCGUCCACUGUUGAACCUAUGAAUGAAGCACAUCAUGAUGGUGAAGCUCCAGGCUUUGACAUUCCUAUAUUUACUGAAGAAUUCUUGGACCAUAAUAAAGCUCGAGAAGCGGAGCUGAGGCAGUUGAGGAAAUCAAAUACGGAAUAUGAAGAACAAAAUGCAAUCCUUACUAAACAUAUUGAAAAUAUGAAAUCUGCUAUUGAAAAGCUGGAAAUUGAAAAUGCACAACAGCGUAGCAAUAACAUAGGCCUGCAGCAACAUCUGGAAGCUUUGAGAAAUAUGCUAUUAGACAGUUUUGCUGAUUUCCCUUUGCCAAAUACAAAUGAAGUUCCUACUCCAGAAACUAUCGAUUCUUACAUCAACCAGCUGCAUAGUAUUCUUGAAAAUCCUAGUGAGAAUGAAGUGCUGAUAAACAAAGUUAGAGAAAUUGUUAGCAAAUUGGACUAUCCAUAAAGGCAUGGGUUGCUUUCUUUUCAGUUUGUAAUAUAGUGUAUGUAUUUAUGUGAGAUCAAUGUUUAUCAUACUUUUCAUUGAAGUAAAUUGCAUUGUUUUUAAAUGCAUAAAAUGCACAAAUGAUGUAAUAAAAUUGAUUAAUUUUAAUUAAUGUUGAAUGUUCCAUACUGAUAAUCAGUUUAUUUUUGUUCUCAUUUCAUUCUGUGCUAGUUCAGUUUGUAUAGCAAAGUGAAGGAACUUGGAUUGAAUAAUAACAUGAAAUUUCUCAUGUAAAUAAUGACAUUUAUUUCAUAGCAUAAAAUAUGUUAUUUUGAAUAUCUGAAAAUCUAUGUAUUCAAAUUUAGGAGUAUUUCCAAAGUUUUGUGAUCGUAAUUAUUCUUUACAAUUAAAUACAAAAUUAAUACACAGUUGUGUUAUUUAUAUAGUUGACUCUCUGAUUGGCAUAAUUUUUUGGAUCUGUAUAUGAAGAACUAUAUUUAAACAUGAUUUAUUAGCUAAAUUUUUAUAAUUAAUUAUUUAAGUCUGUUUUCAUAAACUUUCUUUCAUUAAGGUAGCAUUUAAAUCAUUUAAGUAAGAAAGCCAAAUAUUUUAAAGGUAAAAUAUACCAAAUAACAAAAAAAUCUCAUGAUUAAAGCUGGUCAUGCCUCUCAGGGGAUAAUUCUUGAUAUAAAUAUCAUGACUGCAAUCCAUCCUUUAAUUAAUAUAUAACAAUAUUCUGCUAAAUAAUGGUUUAAAAUAUUCUUAAAACCAUAUGUGGAUGUGCAAGUCUCUGCUAAUUUGCAGUAGAAGAAGUAAAACACUAAGCAGUUAGUUUUAAAGUGCAUCAAAGUAAUAAAAGAAACAUUUUUAACACAUUUUAUAUUGUAUUUCUCAUUUUGGUAUUAUUUGAUUUGUUUUUAGCUUAGAAGAUAGUAUUGAAGAUAUUAUUGAAAAUUGUGAAGGGGUCGUUUUAGAUAGGGUCAUAGAAGAGUCCUGAAUAGUAUAACAAGUAUUUAUUAACAGGUUUUAAGUUACACACGGACAUUACAAUUAACUUUAAGAAAAUUACAGAGCAAGAGUCUGAUACAACCUAUCAAGUGGGACGCUUGGCUUUUACUGAAGUAUUUCUCUGGCUACUCACCAGAGGGCAGCCUUGUUGUCACAGUUAGUGUAACAGUUUAUGUUAAGGAUUCAUUACAAACUCCCCGUCUGGCUCCGCCGACGUCCCUCAAGGAGACAGAACUGGAAGACUUGGGAGCUCUUGUAACAUUGUCUCUAGUCUCAGUUUUUUUGGUUUCCUCGGCAAGGGGACCUCUCUUUGGAGCACUGUCUGGAAUCACAAGUUCUUGAUUAUUUCAGAAAUGCAAAGUAACUUUUGGCGGCCUACUUCUCUUCCUGAGCAGAAGAAUGGGAGAAGUGGAUGAGUCUUUGAAAGGUGUCAGUGCAGACGUAUAUUAAGUUUCUAAGAAUUCGUUUGGUUUAUGAAGGCUUGAAAUGACAUAGGAAGUAGGUGAUUUCUGUGUCAUUACCAAAUAUGGACCGUCACACUUUGGGUAUGAACUUUGAAGUCAUUUUGUUUUUUGCAUUGCUAACGGGAUGUAAAUUGACCCAUACUUUAUCACCUGGUGAAUAAAACACUUGUCGCCUUCCUUUAUCAUAUUGCUUUUUACGUUGAACUUGCUUUAUUUCGAUAUGCUCUCAUAUGUCCUUUGUAAUAGUUGCGAAUUGUUUAAGAUAAGGGGUGAUUUCAGGAACAAAGUUAUCAUUUUCAAACACAGCUUUGAAAUCGUGAACAAUGUCAUCGGCAGUCCUCAGCUCUUUUCCAAACAUUAGGAAUGCUGGUGUAUGGCCUUGUAGUGUCACAGACGGCCAUAUUCAUAGCGAAGCGAAUAACUGGGAGUUUCGAAUGCCAGUUGUCAUGCGCAUCUCCUACUAGGAUUGCAAGACGAGGUUUUAAGUAUCUAUUUUUCCGUUCCACAGGAUUUGACUGAGGAAAGUAAACUGGUAUCGAGUUGUUUUGAUUGAUAUUUAAUGUGCAGCAAACUUGUUGCAUGACUGCACUGAUAAACUGGGUGCCGUUAUCACUGAUGAUUCUUCGUGGUAUACCAUGCCACAUGAAUACUUCUUCGAUUAGGGUUAUAGCGCAGCCGCAUGCUGUAGCUUGAGCAAGAGGAAAUAAUUCUACCCAUCGCAUAGCACAGUCUUCCACAAUGAAGAUCCAUUGUUUUCCAGUGUCAGUUUUGGCAGUGGCCCAAACAAAUUAAUAGAUAUGAUCUCAAAACGUUGAGAAUAGACAGGGGUUCUUAGCAGUCCAGCUGGCUUUUGGUUGGUAGCCUUGUAGCGGUUGCUUUUCACAUAGUCAGAUAUGUACUUUUUCAUACCAGUCCAAUAAUAGCGUCUGGCAAUUCUUUGGAAUGUUCCUUUCUCUCCAUAAUGUCCAGCGAUUGGGUCAUCAUGCUGCUUCCGCAUGAUUGAUUCACGCUCGGCAGUUGGAAUUACUAACUGGGCUUUUUCUGAAUCGGAGUCAGGGACAUAUCGGUAGAGAACACCUUGAUUAAUUAAGAAUCCCCGUUCAGUCCAGUUCGCACAUUCUUCAGUUUUCUGAGUAGAUUCGAAACUUUCUGUAAUUUUUUUAAGUUUUCAACUUUAAGUUGGGAUUCACGCGUGUCUUUUGGACUUCUUGUGGGCAUGUCCGCCUGAAAUAUAUUUGAAAUCUCGCAACGAAAACAGCUUUGAGAUCGGAAAGGUGUUUGUCGAAUCAAACGAAAUCUGUGCAGCUUCCGUCAUCCGGAGUCGGAGCUGGAGCCUGGGCAGGUGGUUGUGGCUUUGAUGCUUUACUCUGCUCUUCCAUAUGGAUAGGAGAAGGGAUGCUGCGUUGAGGCUUUGGUUGUUGACGUCCGGGAUUGUAUGAAUGUCCAGAAACAACUGAAGAAAACAUGGGGUCCAUGCUGCUGAGAGGAGCAGGCGUAAAUUUAGAUUUCCCGGCACCGUGUCCAGAAGGGGGGAUUUUUUUCGCCUUAUUCCUGUUAUUUGGGUGGUGACGACAGUAAAGCCAGUUACUAGCAUGACUGCCAAGGCAGUUUGCACAAGUAUUAGGCUGGUCUGGGUCCUUAGUGCACUGAGCCGCAAAAUGCGGUUCAGCACAUUUCAGGCACUUGAUGGGAAGCAUACAGACCGCCGAACUAUGGAAAAAGCCCUGGCAGCGCCAGCACUGACUCGGUCCUUUGCGUCCAAUAUGUUUUUCAAUGCUGAUAUCGAGGCCCAUCAUUCUAGUUUCCUCAAAGAUAUCAAAUGCAUUGAGGGAUGGAUUGAGCUGGAUCAGGAAUAAAGGCAUAGGGUGCUGGGUUUUAGUUUUUGAACUGAGUGACACUGAGGACACUGUAUCCAAUAUAAGACAGUUUUUGCAUUAUUUUCUCCGUCUUGGCAUUAUUAGGGAGUCCCCGAAUUACUCUGCCUUGAUCGGACGAUGUUGUUUCAAAUUGAAGGAUUUGUAUUGCACACCGUGCGUUGUGAGAAUAUUUGCAACAAUGCGGUAAUCAGUUUCAGUUUGUACAGCAAUUCUUAGGUAUCUUCCUUUCAUUUGGCAUUGAGCCGAAGGUACUGCAUUUUGCACUACCGCGACUAAGAAUUCAAAAUCUUUCAGGUCGACGGAGAAAUAAAUUCUUCGUGACUGGGGGGGAGCGCUACUCUCUCCUUGCUCCUCUGAAUCUUGACUCAGGAUUUGUUCUGCUUCAGCAGGGAAAACAUUUUCAUCUUGGAGGGGCCGCUGUCUCCGCGCUCACUCCAAAAUGGGGGGAGACUUUGAGAGCCGACCGUUUCUGGCUGUGUAGAAACUUGAUUUCCCGCGCCUUUAGUGACAACAUGGUGGGCAGGCUCGGUAAAACCUUUAUUAUCGGUUUUUCUUAUUUUCUUGGAUUUAGGAUUUCCUAAGCUUUCUUUUUGUUGGAUAUUUAGGUUUUGAAUUUUUUUACUGGUUGAAAUAAUUGCUUUUCUGUUUGAAGUUUAGCUGGUGUUCAGAUUGUUUUUUUCUCGGAGUUUUGAGAAUUUUGUAUUUUAGAUUUUCUAGGGAGAAUUAUUUUUGGCUGCAUCGCUAACUGAAUUUUUGGCUUGGUUGUUUUGCCUAUGAUCAAAAACUGGUCUAUCUUUUUCUGCGGAAUCAAUUUUGGAUUUUUUUACGAUGGAAAGAAUUUUGCUAAUGCAUUCCUCCUCUGUAGGGGGAAUGCUGAAGAGAGGUAACUGUAAGCAUUUGGCAAGCAUGGUAAGUGAAUGCAAUAUUACCUGACUUUCAUGUUGAACAACCUUCAGGUCGAAGUUGGCCAGAGGAAUGGUUCUUUUGGCUCUUGCAAGCGUCUGCUCUAGGUCGGUAAACUGCGCCUUCAGUUGAUAAAGUUGCUUUAAUUCCAUUAGGAGAGUAUCAAGAUCGGGAACCGGAACUAGAGUCAGGAACAGGAACAUAAGAAGUAGAAGGUAGUAUGGUCGAUAGCUGCUGCAGCGUGGUGUCCAUAGCGCUAGGGACGGUGGUGCCGGCCAUUGCUUCCGGCUUCUUGGUGGUUGCAUCGUUCGGUGCGGAGCUCAUGUCAGACACGUCUGUCACCCACGGAGGUCACCUUGUGAAUCUCGUGAGGGUUAGGAUGUCCUCAAGUCCAUUUCGAAAAUGGUCUAUCAAUCUCUGGAAUCUUGCUGGGGCAUGCCGAAGACCAAAGGGCAUUCGUAAGAAACGAUAUGUUCCGAAGGGACAUACAAAUGCUGUCUUGUCUUGAUCAUCAGUAUGAACCUUCACUUGGUGAUAACCUGCAUGAAUAUCAAGGGUUGACAUGAAAGGAGUAGGUUUCGCCUCAUGUAACAGUUUAUCCAUUCUCGGAAGUUGGGUAGAAAUCUGGAAUUGUAAUCAUGUUCAAUUUCCGGUAAUCUAUGCAGAGGCUUACUGUUCCAUUAGGUUUUGGUAUUAAAACAACUGGGGAUGCAUAAGAGGAUUCGCAUUCAUCAAUUAUUCCUUCAGAUAAGAACUUAUCAAUUUCUUGCUUUAAGAUUUCCUUUCUUAGCAGGGUUUCAUUCUGUAUGGUG